AUGUCUGCUGCAUACAAGCAGUUCUUGGCUUCGCCAAACUCCUCCUUACUCGCCGAGAAUGCCUCACUGCAUUACAUCACCACUCUGACCAACUUCGCCGGUGGUACUGAGAUCAUCAAGCACUUGACUGCCCUGCGCAGGCAGGUCGCCAAGAAGCAGGAAGAGAUUCUCAGCCUCGUUGAAGGUCAAGAUGCGAUUGUUGUCGAGGUACACACAGCCCUCGAAUUCCUGACUAGUGGUGGCGUCUACCUUCCCAAGCUUGACGAUAACUUUUUGUCUGAUCGCACUGCCUAUGUUUCCAUUACGCACUUUGUUACUUUCGACGCCGACGGAAAAAUUCUUCAGAUUCGACAGCAGUGGGACCAAGGUGCUCUCCUGAAGCAGCUCGAUAUUGUUGGCAAGACUGGCCGCAACUGGCCCAUCCAAGACAGCCGCGAGCAACUCCGACAGAUUCAGUCUUGCCUCAAGACUGUUGGCAAGGCUGCUCAGCAGGCCUCGGAUCGCAACGAUGUUGUCAUCCGCACUCGCCACAACUCAAACAAUGCUCUGCGCGACCCCCAUGCCUCCCUGAACCUGUACGGAAGCAGAGAAGAGAUUGAGUCGGCUCCCAUGAAGCCCGCCACCAACCCUUACGCUGGACACCGCCCCAGCCAGCGUUCCAUUAUUGACAUUAUCGGUGACGAGCCGGAGGAAGGCGAAUCCGGCCACAGCCGCCACCGUUCUGUUUCACCCAGCAAAGCUGGCUCCAACAAGAACUAUCAGCCCUCCCGCAUCUUCGACGGCAAACAUGACCCUGAGGAAAUCGAGACCCCCAAGAAGGGCGACAAGUUCAUUAAGCCUCACCCUACCAAGUACAACCAUUUUGACUUUGUUGAUGGCUCUGAUCCCCGAGACAGCCCUACCCGUGGCGUCGACUUGGACAAGCGACCCAAGUCCAAGCACGACAGCCAAUGGUCCUUCGAUGACUUCGUUACUCCCGCCAAGCCGACUGCCAGCAAAGGCAUGCGCUCACAGGAUGUUCAGCAUUGGAACCCCGAGUUGCAGUUCUCCAAUGACCCCAAAGACCGCCAACCUACUGGCAAGGGCCGUCGCGACGCCGAGACGCACUUUGAGAUUCAGGAUGAUGGUGAGAAGGACGCCCGCCAGGAACGUGUUGGCCUCCCUCGCGGUGCCAUGUCUAGUGAAGGCCGGAGCCUGUACAACAACCAGCUCUUUGACGAAGUUGAUCCCACUCCUGGUCCCAAGCGUGCUCUGAACACUGUUACCAACCUAAAGGAUCGCAGCAAGGACUUUGACCCUCACUUCGAAAUGACUGAUGAGUCACCAUUGCAGCCCCAGCGAACUCAGAAUGCUCCUGAGGGCAAGAUGAAGAUGGCCAAGAUGAUGGACCAUAACUGGGAAGUCUAUGAACAGUCGCCCCUGAAGGAGAACAACAGACCUCGUCCCACCACCACUGCCAGCAACCAGAAGAUCCACAUUGCCGGCGACGGCAUGGGCUCAAGAAAGGGAGCUACUCACGGCGAUCAGGACAACAAAAUUCAUAUUGCCGGUGACGGCAUGGGUGGCCGCAAAGGCACCUCUCGGGCCUGGAUGACCGGUGGCGAUGAGGACGAGAUUGAACAGCCCAGUGUGCAGCCGCGCGGCCGCGGCGCUGCUAAGAAGACCGAAGGGUUUUGGGACUUCUAA